GGACUUUUCGUCUUACAGGACCUAAUCUGAACGAGAAAGCUUUUUCGUGUCUGUCGUCCGAAGACACGCUGUGAGAAAUCCUGAACGGAUCUUCCGUCCAUGUCCUCGGUGCAGAGAUGCCCCUGCCACAGGCAGGAUUCAUCACGCUAUCUGUCCUCAUGGCCCUGGUCUCCAUCACAGCUGUCGUGCUGAACGCUACGGUUAUCGCUGUGACCUUACGGCACAAACAGCUGCGACAGCCGCUGAAUUUCGCCUUGGUCAAUCUGGCAGUGGCCGACCUGGGUACCACGUUAACAGGCAGUGUGCCAUCUGUGCUGACCAAUGCCGUGGGCUACUACAUUAUGGGACGGGUCGGAUGCGUGUUGGAGGGGUUCUGUGUUGCUUUAUUCGGUAUAACGGCACUAUGCACGGUGGCCCUGAUCGCCGUGGAAAGGCUGUUUGUAGUAUGCAAGCCUUUGGGUACGAUCACAUUUCAAAGCAAGCAUGCGGCAGGAGGGGUUGCAUUAUCCUGGCUCUGGUCUCUAAUCUGGAAUACUCCACCUCUCUUUGGCUGGGGGAGUUACCAGCUGGAGGGGGUGGGAACUUCAUGUGGACCUAACUGGCAGGGUCGAGACUUCAAAAACAUGUCUUACAUCAUCUCUUACUUCUCACUUUGCUUUGCCGUGCCAUUGGCCAUCAUCGUGAUUUCAUACUCGUGGCUGCUGUACACCCUAAGAAAAGUAGCUAAAGUGUGCGGAGGGGCAGCAGCGAGGGCGGAGUCAAAGGUGGCAUGGAUGGUGGUGAUGAUGGUGUUGGCGUUUCUUGUGAGCUGGCUGCCAUACGCUGCUCUGGCUUUAACAGUCGUCUUUAAUCCCGAUGUCCAGAUGAGCUCUCUGGUGAAGGUUGUACCCAUAUACAUGGCCAAAAGCAGCACUUUCUACAACCCCAUGAUCUACAUAUACAUGAACAAACAGUUUCAGAGGUAUGCACUCCCACUUCUAAUGUGUAAAGACCCCGGGCCAUCAGAGGAUGAAGCAUCGGAGCUUCAAACAGUCGUGUCACCAUUGAACAAAAUCAGCCCAGAGUGACUAAAAAACUAUUGCUCAUCACCUAUAAUUUAAUGUCACCUUCACUUGCUACAACUUUGUAUUCACAUUUUAAAAUGUGCACUAUGUUUCUAAAACCCCAUGUACAUGUAUUGAGAGAUCAAAUUAUUAGCAACUACAUGAUAGUAUCUCACAAGGUAAAUACAAAUAUCCUUUGGUAGCCUUUGCAUACAAUGCUGCGUUCACACCGAACGCGAAUAGAGCGUCUGACGCGAAUGAUUUCAAUGUUAAGUCAUUGUAAAGACGCUUUUAUGUGCGUCUGGAGGUCUCACGGCGCAAAUGAGGCGUUUAGCAUGACGCCUUAGA